UUGAAAGACGGCCAGCCUGUCAGGCUUCUCCAGUGACGAGGCGCAAAGUUGCAGUAGCGUAGAGGCAGGCUUGACACAAGUUGGAGCUGCACAGCACUUAGUAUUGUCAGCAGCAUGGGGAGAGGAUGCUGGCAAUCGCAGCGAUGCUCUCUUGGCAGCUUGGAAGAGGGAGGUGGCCACUCCACGCACGCAGCAGACUCUGGCGAGCAGCAGGGGCCAGAGGUGCUGCGCAGCAGGAAGGACCGCCCCUUUGGGAACUACACAAUCUUGGUUACAAGGCUUGGGAUCAUGGUGCUGCUGUCUGUGAUGGUCGCAUCCAUGGCCUUUGCCACGUGGUCCUACACCAACCAGUCCGCAGGCGACAGUAUUGAAAAUGUCACGCAAAACUACCAGGAAAGUUUGCUCAACUUCGUGACGAGCAAGUUCACGACUUACCUGGAACAGGCCGGCAACAGUGUCCAGGACACAGCGAGCCUUCUCGAACUUCCCGGGGUAGUUUCAGGGAACUUGACCUCGUUUGAAACCCUGCAAACAGAGGUCGCCCCGCUGCUACUUGGCAUCCUCCGCGCCUCCCGGAAUGUCACAACCGUCCGAUACAUCGCCAUGAACGGUCUGAUGGUCGCAUAUCGGCGCGUGAGCCCAAACAUAACAGCUUUCCUUUUCACCAACGAAACUUCCCCAAUAGUCAGCGCCCUUUCACCGGCGACCACAAAUUGGUACGCUCAAGGGGUGGACCCUGUAAGCGGGGCCAUGCUAUCGGAGCCGCGGAAGGUCCCUGCCGUAAGCUAUGGGUUCACGACAGCAGUGCAAGCGGCACUGCGCAUCAACGGAACCACGUGGGACAUCGUGUGGGGCCAGCAGCAGGCGUUCGUCAUCCACUUUGCGCAGCGGGUGAUCGACGCGGUUAGCAACCGGACGGUCGGGGUUGCCAUGGGGACCUCGCUUUUGGAAAACCUGAGCGAGCUCCUCUCAACGAUCAAGCCCAGGGUCGGCGUAGUGUAUGUUGUGAACUCUCCCACCGGACAGCUAGUGUCGACUUCCGACCUGGACCCGCUAUGGGUGAACUCCACGUCAGGCAACGUCACGUUCAUCGAGGCGACCAAUUCCAGCAACCCCGUCGUAGCGGAGUCGGCGAAGUUUCUGCUGGCGCAGGCGAAGGGCGGCGGCUGGGCCGCGGUCAAUAGCUCCCGGUACUGCGUGGCAGACUUGCUGGGGCAGGAGUAUUACUUGUCCACGGUGGACUUGCCGGUGGCCUCAAGUCAUAUGAUUGGCAUCAUGGCUAUCCCCCGGUCUGCCAUCUGGCACUCCAUCGACAAGCGGUCGCACCAGGUGUUGGUCGCCAUCUCGAUCAUCACGAGCGCCGUAUUAGUCGUGGGGUGCCUGCUCAGUUUGCUGCUAACCGGGCGGGUUAGCCAGGAGAUGCUGCUCCGGGCGGAACUGAUCCGGCAGCUGGACGCGAAGCGGAGAGCGGAAAAAGCGUCCGACUACAAGAGCCAGUUUCUGGCAGCCAUGAGCCAUGACGUGCGCACGCCGCUAUGCUGCAUCAUCGGGCUGCUAGAGGUGCUGUUGUGCGACGGGCAGUUGCGAGGCGAGCAGCGGAGCAGCGUGAAGCAAAUUCGCCACUGCGCGCUGCAGCUACUGGACCUCCUCAAGUCGAUUUUGGAUCUAGCCAAGGUGGAGGCCGGAAAGCUGGCGCUGGAGCCGGCUCCCUUCGACCUAGGCCAAGAGCUGGAGUCCCUGGUGGACAUGUUCGCGGUGCAGUGCGCCAAAAAGAAUGUCGCCCUAGUUCUCGACCUGGACGACCGGUUGCCCAGGAGACUAACCGGCGAUAGGGCCCGAGUGCGCCAGAUACUGGCCAACCUGGUCGGGAACUCGUGCAAGUUCACCAACAGCGGCCAGAUCGUGGUUCGCGCCUGGCCGGUCUGCUCCCCCGCUAUCCCCACCCAACCAGAGGACCCCACCCCUCCGCUACUAGAGAAGGGCUACCUCAGACACUUACAGUCCUUCAUAAAACGUCUGUCUGCGGGAUCCCCCUUGAGAAGCCGCCGCACUUCGGGGAGCAGCGUCCGUGGGGGAAGCAUCAGAAGCAGACCGGGAAGCGCAGAGGAGACGUCUAGCGGAUUCGUGGACCCGCGUCUGGACCGCAGGCACCCGAGAAGCUUUAGCGAGGCGGAGCGAAGGCUGAGGGAGAGGGGUGCGGGGGAAGCGGAAGGCUGCACGCAGGACCCGUCCAAGAUUCGGGUCGCUUUUGAGGUCGAAGACUCAGGCGUCGGGAUCCCCCCCGAAAUGCGGCCAACUGUGUUCGGCAGCUUUAUCCAAGGGUCGCGGGCGUCCGGCGGCUACGGACUGGGCCUCGCCAUCGUCCGCAAACUGGUCGCCCUAAUGAACGGAAGCAUCCGGAUCAUUGACAGAAAAGGGCCGGGCACCCUCUUCCGCUUCGACCUCGUUCUCAAGCGGACCGAUUCCGGAGUCAUCAAGAGCGGAUCGCUCGCACAGCUCAUGACCGAGUCGCCUCAUGCACGGGACGAAACUCCGGGGUCAGAGCUAGAGAACGCGGGAAACUUAGGAGAGCCCGAGAAGGGGGAACCGGCCCGGGGGACCAGUGCGCUGGGAGCUGCCUUCAUGCUGAGUGACCGGUUCGUCGUCCCGGGUGGUCUUACAUCGAAACCAGCAGACGAAACGAUAUGCGACGGAAUACAGCUGCCGUUGCCGGCUGAAGCGGCGGGGGCGUCGGUUCUGCUGCUCAAGGCAGACCGGGCCGGCCGCGAGACCGCGGCCGGGUGGAUGGCGCGCCGGGGUUUGAGGGUUUAUCAAGCGGAGGCGUGGUCGGAGGUCGCGUGCGCGCUGAAAGCCGCCCUCGAGGGGCGUGAGUACGUUUCCACCGGCGAGAAAGCGGGCAAAGGGGCCGGUGAGAAUAGGCACGUGGUCAUGAACGUCAGCGACGAGAUCUCCGUCAUCCCCCUGCAAAGAAUGGGGUCGGAGAACCCCCCUCUUCUCGAUGCGCUUCCGGAGACUCCCACUACCAAUUUUGAACCGGGACCCAAUUGUUCCCCGGGACCCAAUUGUUCCCCGGGCGUCAAACCAAGGCUGCUCCUGCUCAUAAUUGACACGUCAGCAGUGCCCGGGGCUCCCUCUCCGCUCGCUAUCUCCGCCGCCUUCCAAACGCUCAUUCAGGAGUGCGAUCUGACGGCGCCCACUGCGCCACGUGUCGUCGCCGCGUGGCUCGUCUCGGUGGCGCUCCCGGGCCCCGCGCGCGAGCAGCUCCGCGCGGCGGGCUGCCACAUCAUGGCCUGCGAUCUGCUGCACCCGUCCCGGUUACUCUCGCUCCUAACCACCAUGGUUACAGAUGACCCGGAAAGUCCUGACGCGCUCCUCUGCGGGCCGUUUGGCGCGUCACAGCGGGCCGACAACCGGCCGUACAGCGAGCAAGUGAAACACAUCGAUGAGGAAUCGCAAGAGGCGAUGCUGCAAGCCGGAGUCGGUUUCGUCAUGGGGCGGGGAGUGGUGGAUCACAAGGGCCCGGACAUCGACGAGGGUUCCGAUCAUUCCGCUCAUUUUCGUCAGUCCGGGGGGUUCGGCGGAACGAAGUCUUACCCCCCCAGCCCGACGUUGCGGCCGAAACCCGCUCCAUCGCCACUUUCGGACACUGCGCGCUCCGCGUCUUGGACGAGGGAGCGGCUUCAGACGGAACCCGCCCCAAAGGACCGGAGUCCGGCCAAGGGAGCGGAACCGCUCCCGAAGAUUGCUGGAUCGCCCACGACGAGAAGGGCGUUGGAGGGUGUUCACAUUCUGCUGGUGGAAGAUACAGUGCUGCUGCGAAAACUGGCGGUCACGAUGCUUGUGAAACUAGGGGCGAGUGUGUUUCCCGUAGAAAACGGACAGCAGGCCGUCGAUUCCGUCCGCUUCUGCCUGGACUGGCGGAAAGAGCGCGAGCUCCGGCGACGCACCGCGCACCUGCGCGGCGGCGCCCUCCCCGAAGCGGACGCCUCCCGGCGGCGCUCCUUUUCGGACAUGGUCCGCGGUACCCUCUGGCGGUCCCCAUCUUUGGACCGGAGCGGCUUCAGCACGCCGCCAAACCCGCCGUUGAAUCCGCCGUCACACCCAGGGACCCCGCCCCCCGAGCCCGCGCAAAACCCCGAAACCCUGCAGAUGGGCAGCCCGCAGGAGGCCGCGCUGCGCGAGGCGCUGCGCGAGAGCGGGCCCUUCGAUCUAGUUCUCAUGGACUGCCAGAUGCCGGUCCUGGACGGGUACGAGGCGACGCGGGAGAUCCGGGAACUAGAGAAGGGACACAAGAAGCUGCAUCUGCCGAUCGUGGCGCUCACGGCGCAUGCGAUGGCCACGGACAAGGAGAAGUGCCUCGGGAUAGGGAUGGAUGGGUACCUCACGAAGCCCAUCAACAUCCCGCUGCUCGUCUCCACGAUUGAGAAACUGCUCAAGCAUGGGCUAUGAUUUCGGUUCAUUGUACGACACGGGUUGCCAUUUUAGGCCUGCAUUUUUGUCCAGGGGUUCGUAGUACUUCCAACCUUAGCACCGAUUAACUUGACACGGGUCGUCUCAGUGGACGCUUCAGCUGUGGGCGUCGGUGGUCCCGAUCGGAAAGUUAACCCGAGGUAGGAGAGGCGUUAAUUGAUUUGUAUCUGGAGAGUCAAAACUUUAGACACUGCAUAAGAAUGUGUGAUUAUGGUAUUGGGCGCACCUUGUAAGCGGGCGCGGAUCAUCUCUGGCAGUAUUGCUGACGGAGGGAGUCAAAUUUAGUAGAGGUACAUUGAGGGUUGCGGUAGAAGUGUGGCGGGCUUAAAGGACCACGUGGCGGCCGACGUUGGAUAGAUGCAUUUGCAGAGGCCGAAACCAAGCUCCCAGCUUGAACACAACGGUCCACUAGCAGUGGCACCGAGACGGCAUGAAUAGCAGCCAUAUAAAGUGUACUUCUAGACGUUUACUCGUAUAGGUUGUAAGUAUGAGGGUGGUGAGUAAUCAUAAAGCGACAGGGAACUUGAGUUUGGGCAACCGGAGACGCUAGAUAAGGGUUGGACGGGUGAUUUGUAAGACCCGUCCUAGCCUUCUAGGAGUGGAUGUAUACAACGGCCAGAUCCGAGCGCAAAUGAAAUAGUCGAGGUGGUUGCAACUAUAAGAGCCACACGGCGCAGUCGAAGUCACUGUCGUUGGAAAAGGGAAGCGUGCAGAAGUUUAAUACCAAACUCUCCUAGCAACAAUUUGAUCAGGGCAAAGGGUUUUAAAUGCAUAAUAAGGUAAAGACAAGGUGUGUAUGCACUGAUCCUCGAGGAAGAGAUGCUUAAGCAAGUUGGGACGGUUCUAAAUUGCAGCUUCUGUCCUACUAUAACGAUUGUGGAAGGGAUAUCCAUAUUAUACCAUACUCCGAAACCGGCUGAUCGAUCUUAAACCUGAG